AUGGCUUCAACAAGUAGCCGCGAGACCGUCGUCUCUGCACCUGGCAAGGUGCUCGUAGCUGGAGGCUACCUCGUUCUUGAUCCAGCUUAUCCUGGUCUGGUUGUCUCCACGUCGUCACGUUUCUACUGCCAUGCUCAAUCACAGAUUACAUCGGCGUCCCAUGUCGACCCUGCAACUUCCCCUUGUACCAUCACCGUACGCUCGCCUCAGUUCGUCGAUGCGGUCUGGGUCUAUCGAGCUUCGGCGGUAUCCUCGACGCCGUCGAACAAAAACCAGACAACGUCCCACUGGAUCAUCGAACAAACCGCCGAGUCGCGAGAGAAAGCUGGUCGUAAUCCUUUCGUCUCGCUCGCUCUUGCGUAUACCCUGAGACUUGCAGCUGAGCUCAAAGAACCCGGAGAGCUGGAAACGCUGCUCCAACAGACCGGUCCGAAUGGCAUCGAAAUCACCGUAGCCGCAGACAAUGACUUUUACUCGCAACGAGAGUCGCUCAACCUUCCGCAAGGAAUAGCACCGACCGUCGAUCAGCUCACUAGCCUGCCACCCUUUUCGCCCCAAAAAUGCCGAAUCGCCGAUGUACACAAGACCGGUCUCGGUUCAAGUGCCGCCAUGACCACGUCUCUGGUUGCAUGCUUCCUGCUGCACCUGCAGGCGGUCGUUCCAAAUGGCCCACACUCGAUCGAAAUAGAGGAUCUCGCUUUGAUCCACAACCUUGCACAACUGGCCCACUGCGCCGCUCAAGGAAAGAUCGGUUCCGGCUUCGAUGUCAGCGCCGCCAUCUGGGGAAGUCAGCUAUAUCGACGAUUCGAACCUACCGUUUUGCAAGCGUGCCUCGACGAAGGCGAAAAGGUCUUGGCCGAGGGUCAAGAGACAAGCCAACAGCGUCAAGCAAGACUGGACGCUCGCAUCGAUCUUCUUCCCGUUCUGGAUCCGUACAACCCACUCUGGGUGGCCUCACCGCUUUCUGCAGCUGGCGAGUCGCAUUCUACCGCAACAGAAGGGCUUGCGCUUUCGAACAAUCACGAGGUGCCAACACCUGCACCACUACAAUUGCCACCUGGCCUCGACCUCCUUCUUGCCGACGUGGAUGCUGGAUCCAAUACUCCCAGCCUGGUGUCCAAGGUAUUGGCGUGGCGAAAGGACAAGCCAGAGUGGGCCAAGCAGCUGUACAACAUCAUUGCCGCUUCCAAUCAGGGUCUCGCUGACAACCUAUUGCGACUGCGCUUCUUGCACGCCGCCGAUGCCUCUGCCUACGACCGAUCCGUUGAAUCGGCAGCCGCACAGCUUUCUAGCGAGUGGGAUGCAGUGCUGAAAACCUUGCCUAAGGAUGCUGAUGAUGACCAAGCCGAUGACGACACAUGCAUAGUAGACAUCCGGGUGACACCGCGGACCGUACUACAAGCACUCAUCGAUGUGCGCAAUAGCCUUCGUUCCAUCCGUGCUGGCAUGCGCGAGCUCGGCCAGCGUGCUGGUGUUCCUAUCGAGCCACCAGAUAUCGGCAGCCUGAUUAAAAACAUCAGCGACCAAGUACCUGGCGUGGUUGGCGGAAGCAUCCCAGGCGCUGGCGGUUUCGAUGCCUUUUACAUUAUCUAUCUCAACACCUCGCAGAGCGCUCGCAAUCUUUCGCAGCUCUGGACUCAGAUUCACGCAGUGAAAGAGAAAGCGGAAUCCAAGUUGACGUUGGGCCCAUUGCUGUCCCGAGCAGGUGGAGCCAAGAUGACAUCCAACUACACCAAAGGCGAUGACCAAAAGCACUCGGCUGUCAUGUCUGAGCUGCUGGAGAAAAUGAAAGCGUCGCAGCACUCUGGGCAGGACUUUGGCUUGCGGCUCCAAAGAACAGAUGACGUCAACGGCUUGAGGGAGGCUCUGGCACGUCGCACCUGA